AUGGACCUCACAGAGCUCUUCCAGUUCCUCUCUUCGCCCAACCCCGCGGCCCGCCAGAUCGCGCUCCAGAACCUCAUCGGCCACACCCCCAAGGCCGCUCCCGAACGCCACAUCUUCAUCCCCACGUCCUUUGCUCCUCUUCCCGGAGAGACCACCCCGGGCGGCAAGCGCAAGACUGGCUCCGAGGCCGACGAGGUCAAGGUUCAGGCGAUCAAGGACCUUGCCUCGCUCUGCCGUGACCAGGCUGUCAUUGCCCACGAUGCCCUCUCAGCCCUCAUCAACCUUUCGGACGACCUUGCCGUCGCUCGCCAGCUUGCUGACAAAGAGUUCCUUGUCUGGCUCGUCUCGUACACUGCCAACACCACCUCGCCUCUGUCGCCCCUCACCUCGAUGCUUCUCUCCAACCUGACGUCGCACCCUGCUCUUGUCCCCACCAUGGCCGCGCUCACGGUUCCCAUCGUGCCCCUCCCGCUCUCGAAGCACUACCCCCCGUACUACCUCCCCGCCUGUGCCUCGGCCUCGAGCACGAUCCACCCCGACUUCCGUGACACCAGCAUGGGUAUCGCUCCCAACGCUGAGGCUGGCCAGGAGGAGGAGCGCGAGAUUGAGGCUGUCCGUGCUCUCGUCCAGGCCUUUGAGGACGGCGCCGGUGAGGGUGUUCGCGACUCGAACGGCAAGCGCAAGGGCGAGUGUCACUUCCUUGCGUCCGUCUUUGCCAACCUUUCCAUGCUCCCCGCCACCCGCCCCCUUCUCCUCACCCCUCAACCUACCUUCCCCGCCCCCUCCACCGAGCACACCAGCGACGACGAGCCCCUCCUGUCCAAGAUCGUUGUCUACACCGAGCACCCCGACACUAUCCGUCGCGGUGGUGCCCUCGGCUGUAUCAAGAACUGUGCCAUGGACCGCGCUUCCCACUCUUGGCUCCUCACCAGCGAGGAUGACCGUGUUGUUCUGCCCUCCGACAACACCCGCAAGGUUCGCGGUGUCGACGUUCUGCCCUGGGUUGAGAGCCCAUUGAUGGGUCCCGAGGAGUACGACAUGGACGAGAUGGAGACCCUCCCCGCCACCCUCCAGUUCCUGCCCCCGUCCAAGAAGCGCGAGGAGGACUCUGUCCUCCGCAUGAUGUGCGUCGAGAUCCUCCUCCUCCUCUCCACCACCUUCACUGGUCGUGAGACGCUCCGUAACCGCGGUGCCUACUACGUUGUCCGUGAGGCGCACAAGGCCGAGCAGGACCAGCCUAUCAAGGACGCCAUUGAGCGCCUUGUCUCGCUCCUCCAGGGUGAGGAGGGCCGUGAGUCCAAGUCGGAGCAGCUCGAUGGCCUUGUCAAGAAGGGCGAGGAAGAGCUUGACGUUGUGGAGGUCUAA